GGCCCGGGCGGGGCGGGCCGGGCCGGGCCGGCAGCCACCCGGCCGGGCGGGCCGGGGCGCCGCGCAGUUGCUGUCCGGCGGCUGCGGGGACAGGUGGGGCCGCGCCGCUGCCGCGCAGCAUCAUAAAAUCUUAAUCAAGUGAAAAUGGCCUUUAGCAAUCUGACAUCAAAGGCUGUACUACUUUAUGAUGAAUGGAUUAAAGAUGCCGAUCCAAGAGUGGAAGGCUUGCUGCUCAUGUCUUCACCUUUUCCAACAACCAUUAUCAUUGGAGCCUACAUUUAUUUUGCCACUUCUUUGGGACCCAAACUCAUGGAAAAUAAAAAGCCUUUUGAACUCAGGCACAUAAUGGUAUAUUACAAUUUUGGUGUGGUAAUCCUCUCCUUAUAUAUGACUUAUGAAUUUCUUAUGUCAGGCUGGGCCACAGGGUAUUCAUUCCGAUGUGAGAUUGUUGACUACUCAAGGUCACCUACAGCUCUAAGAAUGGUACGAGUUUGUUGGCUUUACUAUUUCUCCAAGUUCAUUGAAUUAUUAGACACUGUAUUUUUUGUUCUGCGUAAGAAGAACAGCCAAGUGACAUUCCUGCAUGUCUUUCAUCAUUCCAUCAUGCCAUGGACCUGGUGGUUUGGAGUCAAAUUUGCUCCAGGUGGUUUAGGAACGUUUCAUGCUUUGUUGAACUGUAUUGUACAUGUCGUCAUGUAUACUUAUUAUGGAAUCUGUUCUUUGGGACCAGCCUAUCAUAAAUAUUUGUGGUGGAAAAAAUACAUGACAACUAUACAGCUUGUCCAGUUUAUUAUGGUUACAGGCCACAUAGGACAAAUCUACAUUAUGGAUGAUUGUCAGUACCAGUAUCCAAUUUUCAUGUUUAUUAUUUGGCUAUAUGGCUUUAUGUUUUUAGUCUUGUUUCUCCACUUCUGGUACCAUGCUUACACAAAGGGGCAAAGACUACCAAAGAUGACAAAAGAAAAGAUCAGCAAAGAUCAGUGAAACAAACUCUUGUCUAUAAAAAUGUGUAUAUCUCCAAGUGGAAACUUGUACUACUUGACAAUCAAGAUAUUUAGGUGCACACACUACAUCGUGUAUAUUUUGUAUGUUUUUUUUCCAAAACAGAACUGGUAUUUUUACCAUAAGUUAUUUGGGUUUCAGAAUUUGGGGGGGUGGGGUGGGUGGAACAACGUGGAUCUCAGAUUAAAAAAAAAGUUGUGCUUUUCUUUUUUCCCAAUACCUUGUUCAUCUUUGUCUUGCUAGAAAUGACUGGAUAGAUGAUCUCUAUCUAGAAGAUGCAUGCAAAUAAGGGUAUUCAUUGGGAAAAUUAAAAUGUGUAUGACAAGUACAUAGUACUUUGAACACUGAGAACAUUACUGCACCUUGUUAUAAGUUGUUGAGAAUGUCAGCUGCAUUUUAUUAAAAGAAUGAAACUUCAAUAAAUACAGUUUAUAGAAUCUAAAGCUUAUCAUUAAUAUUGUUAAUACAUAUAAACAUUGUUAUAUGUGUUUACCAACUAUAUUACAUUAAAGAAUGGGAUAUAUCUUAAUCUGUCAAAGUAUGGUGUUUAAUUUGAAGAUGAUAGAUUUUUCUGGAUAUACCCUGUUUUACUAAAAUAUCUUAAGUCAUUUCAUGUAGGAAAUUUAUACUCAUUUAAGCAUUAUCCUAAGUGCAGGAAACAUCUACUAAUUUAAACAUUAUCUGAACUGUGUUAUUGUGUAAUGAUCAAAAAACCUACUGGUUUGUUCAACCAAGUAUCGAAAUAUUGUUAUAUUAUUCAACAUAUCUACAGAUAUAUUUUGAUCUUAGUAGGCCAGACUGUUGAAUCUUGUAAUUCAGUAGCCAAAAUCUUAGUCUUCCAAUAACAUUUUUUAAAAAAGAAACAGAGUUUGAUUGAAGCCUAAAUGUCAGCUAGUAUGAUUGUACUGUACUCUGUUUCCUCCCAUUUCCCUUACCUAUUGAAAUACAUUCCUAGAAAGUUUUUUUUUAUUGUUUGUUUUUGUAACAACUCAAGGUUAAAGUUUCUCCAUUCUCCAAUAGCACUUUGUUUCUGCUUUCUGGUACUAGGUAAAAAGAUGCAUGCCAUUCCCUGAACUAUUGAGAGAGAUGGUCAUACGGCAUGACUGCAGUCCAUAUAUAAUCAACCAACAUGUUGUUUUCCAUUGCUAGGCAGGUCGUUAUGGUCACACAUGUACAGAAAUUAAAGGACCUAGCUAUAUGUAUGCAAGUUGCAUUUAUACUGUAUGAGUUUAUUAAGGAAUUACUGUAUGCAACAGCCAUGUAAAUGAGAAGUUAACGAAGUUUAAGUGAAUGUGUUGUAUUUAAAUGUACUGUUUUCUAUUACGAUCACUACUAACAGAAAAGAAGCUUUAUUUUGUACUUGAUUGGAUGUGUGGGAUUUUCAAAUACCUUAAACUUUAGGGGAUUUUUGAAUUGCCUUCCUGUUGUACAAUUCCAAGCAAGUAAAUUUUGUUACCUGGAUACUUUUAUGGGAAUACUGACAUUUGUUGUGUUCUGUUAAUGCUAAAAGACUUUGAACUUUAUCUUGGACGUGAGUUGCAAAUGAUUUCUUACAAAAUUACAUAUGAGUCUCCUUUAUAAAACAAAUAAAAAGUAAUUUAUAUUUUA